CAAAAUUAAACCAAUUUAUUAAAUUUUAAGUGAAUGAACAGGAAAUAUGAAAGGAAUAUUAGCUCAAUCGAUAAGUAAAAUUAUGAGAAACUAUUCAAAUUAAUACCUGACUCAUUGCCUGAUGAAAUAAAACAAGCCAUAAAAUCCUCUAUUGAAACAUUAUCAAAAUUAGAGGCUGAGUAAGAAAAGUUUGAAGAAUAUGUUUAUUAAGUUAACUCAGAUGACAUCAUAAUUUCAUAUAAUGGAUUAAACAGAUGUCGAUAUCUCUUGGGUUGUUCUAAAUAAGCAGUCCCUACAGGAUAAAUAAUUGAAUUAUUUUUUUAAACAAGAGUUCAUAUUAAAAUUUUUGACAUAGCUAAAAGUACUAAUGUUCCACUACUAAAAUAUGAAGCACUUUGGAUAAUUUGUAAUUUAUGUUUUGGAACCUAAUAAUAAAUAUAGGUAAUUCUAGAUAAAGAUGGAAUCGAUAUAUUUUUUAAUUCACUUUAAUCAGAGCAUGAUGAAAUUGUAGAAUUAGCAAUUUGGGGAUUAUCAAAUAUUGCAGGAGAUAAUUACAAAUUUAGAGAUUUGAUUUUAAAAAAGGGAGUUCUACAACCAUUUAUGAAUUUGGCAAGAAAAUAUCAAAACUAAAAAUCUGAAAUCUUUAAAACUCUUGUGUGGGCUAUUACUAAUUUAACUUAAGGUUAACCAGCUCCAAAUAAAAUAGUAAAUAUUUUAUGAAAAAACUAGUAUAAUAAAGAUUUAUUAUUAAUUUUAUCUGAAAUCUUAAUAAUUUCAGAAGAUGAAGAGAUACUAACUGAUACUUGUUUGGGCUUAAGUUAUUUAAGUUAAGAUGAGAAUUUAAUUGACAUUUUAAUUUAAUAACGAAUCAUAGAAAAAUUAAUUUUACUACUUAAUUCUGAUAAAUAAAGUCUGAUUAUUUAUUCAUUAAGAACUUUAGGAAAUAUUUUAACUGGUAGUGAAGAGUAAACUAAUAUAGUCAUUAAUUUUGGAAUUAUAUAAGCUUUUGAAAAAUUAAUUAAAAAUAAAAGUUAAAAAAUCCGAAGAGAAGUACAAAAAAAAAUAAAUAUUAUUUAGGUUUGUUGGUCUUUAUCUAAUAUUGCUGCUGGUACCUCAUAUUAAGUUAAAUAAAUUAUCUAAAAUGAUUCACUUCUUAAAUCUUUAUUUGAAUUAUUAGAAUAAGGACUACCAGAUAUUAUUGAAUAAAUUGCUUAUUUAAUGUCAAACUCUGUUGUUUAUGCAGAAUUAAAAGACCUGGAUCAUCUCGUAAUGUAAUAUGGUUUCAUUUAGAAAAUGGCUAAUCUUUUAAAUGAAAAAGAGAAAAAAAUCAUAAGAGUAACUCUUGAAGGAAUUUAUGAAAUCUUACGAAGAGGUAUGAUUUAUUUUUCGAUUUAGUUCAAAACGAUGCUAGAUUCGAACAAUAUAAAAAAUUGAUUGUAGAUUCUAACAUUAUUACAAUAGUUAAGUCACUAUAAAAUAAUAGGUCUAAAGAAAUUAAAGAAAAUGCUUCUAAAGUCAUAGACAUUUUUACUUCUAAAGCUAGCACUUGA